UUAGCAGCGCAGCCUCAUUCCUCUACAGUCAGGCUUCAGGAGCUCGUCUUCUUCCCGCUCAUUUUUUUCCUCGAGUCAACAUGUGUUGCUGUUUUCUGUUUUCUUACAUCUAAGAAGUGUGAAACUCCCCGUUUGGGUUUUCUCCAAGUKUUUUUUCCUUACCUACUACACCUUUUGCUGCAGGGGGUUAUGAAGAAAAAGGUGUCAGCUGCAAGUUGAGUUCUGCGUUUGAGACGGCCUUGGCAGGUGGGGUAACUGGUCCCGCUCAGGAAGGGGAGGUGGGGGAGAAGGAUGUCUCUGCAGGCGGGAAACGAGAGCACUGCAGGAGUGUCGGAGCAGGGCAACCACAGCCUGGAAGUUGUUGACUAUAAUGUGAGCUGCACCAACAGCUCCGUCCUUCCCAGACCAGUUGCCAGAGCCCGCGAGAUCGACAUGUUUCGUAUCCUGCUCUAUUCUCUCGUCUUCUUGUUGAGCGUCUUCGGCAACCUGUUGAUCAUCGUGGUCCUGAUAGUGAACAAGCGCAUGCGAACGGUCACCAACUCCUUCCUGCUGUCUCUGGCAGUCAGUGACCUGAUGAUGGCCAUCUUCUGCAUGCCCUUCACAUUCAUCCCCAACAUCCUGGAGGAUUACAUCUUCGGAGCCAGCAUGUGCAAGAUAACUGCCUACUUAAUGGGGGUCUCYGUCAGCAUCUCAACCUUCAGCCUGGUGGCCAUCGCUAUUGAGAGGUACAGCGCCAUCUGCAACCCCCUCAAGUCACGAGCGUGGCAGACCCGCUCUCACGCCUACCGGGUAAUCGCUGCCACUUGGGUGGUGUCGCUGCUGAUCAUGGUGCCGUAUCCUGUCUUCAACAUCCUCAAGUCGUUCCCAAAGGUCAACGGUACCAAGGGCCACCAGUGUCGCAUGUACUGGCCCAGUCCGCAAGUGGAACAGACCUGGUCCGUGCUGCUGCUGUUCACUCUGUUCUUUGUCCCGGGGGUGGUGAUGAUCAUAGCAUAUGGUCUGAUCUCCAGAGAGCUCUACCGGGGGAUUCAGUUCGAGCUUAGCCAGAACAAAGAGACAACUGGCCAAAGGAAUGGCGUAGGGAGGGCUGUGGUGGGUUCAAAUGAUGACGACGACGGCUGCUACAUCCAGGUGUCCAAAAAGCCCUCCUCCUCUGUGGAGCUUCCCACCCUCUCUGCCUCAUCCAGCACCGUCCAGCUGAAGACUGAGCGCGCUCGUAGUAACACCUCUGAAGCUAAGCUUCAAGCCAAGAGGCGAGUCAUUCACAUGCUGAUGGUGAUCGUAGCCCUCUUCUUCAUCUGCUGGAUGCCCUUGUACUCAGUCAACACCUGGAAGGCCUUUGACCCCCUGUCUGCCUCCAAGGCCCUCUCCGGAGCCCCCAUCUCCUUCAUCCACCUGCUGUCCUACACGUCGGCCUGCGUCAACCCCAUCAUCUACUGCUUCAUGAACACUCGUUUCCGCAAGGCCCUGCUGGCCACCUUCGCCUGCUGCUGCCGCAACCGCCUGUGCCGCCGCUGCCGGUGGUGCAGGAGGAGGGAGGGCGAAGACGGCAUCAACGCCGCUUCCAUGGCCACGUCGAUGGUGACCUCCAUGUCCAAGUUCAGCUACACCACUGUCAGCUCCACCGGCACCUGCUGAGUCCUGGAGGAGUGUCGCAGCAGAGGCUGUCACUUCGUCCACACUCUUUUUCUUUUUUCCCCAACAUUCUGUUUUUCACUCCUCAUCCUGUGAGUCAUGAGCUGAGUAACAUCCGUGCCCUCGUUUAGAGGCCUCCCUCAAAGGUCUUGCUCAAAUUCUGUGUGCAUGAUCGCAGAAAGCAAGACGGAGAAAAAAAAAAGAAGCCAUGUUUGUGUGGUGACAUUCUUUUACCUCUCUUUUUAUUGGCAGCAACUGCUUCUUUGCAUUUUGAAGAGAACAAGUGCCUGUGCUCUUAGUGUAGCUUCAUUUGUCAUGAUUCUCUUGCUGGAAUGAACAUUUUACUUAAAAAAGGUUAGAAGUAUAAAUCUUAUCUGCAUAAAUACUGUCUAUUUGUUGUGAAUGUGCCAAUGAAACAUUUGUUGACAGAAUAUUAUAAAAGAACAGGAUUUAUAGCUUUUCAGCUUCUUUGAGAUUGUAUCGUCUGUUCUGUCUGCCAUCAGAUUUAUUUUUGUAGUCGACCAUUAUUUACUGAUUUCAUAUGUUGUUUAUCUUCAAUGUUUUCAUUAGUUUUGUCCUACUGCUAACUUAUUUUAAAUGUUUGAGUGAAAAAUUUGAAGAGGUUCAGGAGCCGUGCUGAACAAAAUUAUGAUAAAUGAUCUUUAGAUUCAAACAGAAUAAGGGUACGUUCACACUGCAGACAAAUGUGAGCCGUUUCUGAUAUUUUCUAAUCCAACCCAGACCUUUUCAGUAUGGGAUAUUAAUCUGAUACAUAUUUGCUGUUUUUCAAAGCGACAUCAGUCUGAAAGAUCAUCUGACUUUUACUUCAGUGAAGUGGGGGUAUACAGAUUGAUCCAAGUAACAAUAUUGAUACUAACUCCACACGUCUUCAGCUACACAUCAGAAGUCCAGCUGCUUCUUCAUUUUUCUUUUUUCCAAGUCCUGGAUGACUGCUAAUCCACAGAAAUAUAUGAUCGUAACGUUGGUGUCAGACCGUAACAGUACUACACAUGAUGCUCUGGAGCAGCCGGCAAGAGGCAGGUUCAAAUGUAAACAACGAACUAAAAUAUCUCAGAUAAUUAUUUAAUUGACUCUGAUUGCACAACAACUUGCUUGAAUGGACAUGCUAACAAGUAGCACACAUACGGUAAUUACUUCUGUAGACAGCGAGUUGAAUGUGACAUCAUCAUUUCUCCGCACGUGGGUUGAAUCAUUGCAAAGGAGAGUUCACACUGCAGUCUGAUAGAGGUUGAAUUUAAAAGAUAACGU